UCUAUACAUGAGUAAAUAUGGAAUAAGAUAUUAUUUUUCUCCUAAGGUAUUUUUACUGUCAGAGCUGUAAAAUAUCAGAAGGGAGGAUGUCUUAUAAGGGCUUUCAAGAAAGCAGACCAAGAUUCUGCAACUCACUUACUGGUCAGCGCUGGAUAUUCCUGAAGAAAGGUCUAGAUGACUUCAGAGAUGGCUUUCCUCCUUCACCUGAUAACAUGCUUGUUAAUGGCAGAAAGCAGCCUGUCUCAAUUACCCUUGAGAACAGCACACCAAAAUCUUUGUCCAGAGCAACAUGGAAGAGAAAGAACCAGUGCAGCAGAGCGCAGGCCUGUCUUUCCAAGCUCAGCCUGCUGCAGCAAGCCAGGAAGGAUUAUGUUGCACAGAUAGAGUGCUGUCUGAGCCAGCAUCCUUUAGUGUGCUACCCACGCUUGGAAAAAAGCAUCUCCCCAAAGAUCUUGAGAGAGGUUGCAGGUGUCCUGGAUCCUUGCAUGACACUGAAGAGUAAGGCUGGUUACAGUGACUAUGAACAGGAGAACCAACCCAGUCAGGAGGUGCUGGGUCAUAUGGAGGACAUGCAAAGCAAAGUAACAGCUUCCAAGACACAAGUACAUGGCAAGGAGUCUCAAGGCAAAGCCCCAUAUGCAAAGCUUCCCAAGAAGGCAGCAGCAAGAAUAAAGGAGGCCACACUGACUGACUUUGUUUCCCCUGAUGAACAUGUAAAGCGAGCAACCAAGCAUUUUUGUCACUGGGUUAUGUCUUUGGGUGGAGGGAACUGGAAUAUUGAUGAAGAUACCCUCACAAGCUUGCUCAACGCCAGCUGUGAAAGGGAGGCCACUGUCCCUUUACCUUUCAGUGCUGUGAAAUUCAUCAACAUGGAAACAAAGCAGUUCAAGAGCCAGGACAUUUCACCUCCCCAGUUAGCUGUCAGGAGUUCUCACUACCUAAGGAGCCUGCCCUGCCAGGUUAAGUUCCCUUCCCAAACAAAAUGGGAGAAGACCAGGUAUGGAGCAUGGUAUCUCAAUCCUAAAACAUGGAGAAAACAGAAAGCAAAUGAACCAUUAAAAGCUCCAGAGGCCACAAUCAAUAGCCUUGGGAGUGCAAAGAACUGGUCUGAAAAGGAGAUGGAAGUCACACAGCUCUACAGUGCACAGGCCUUUAAGGAAUUCCUGGAAAGAAAGGGCCUCAGACAGCCUUUGUUCCUUUGGAAAAUGGUGGCUGGGGAAAAUUAUAGUAGAGCUCCAGAGGAAUCAACCAAAGCUUGCAAGAAAGUGUCUAAAGAGAUACGACAAAAUAAAAGAAGGCUCUUUCAUGACCAUGAAUUAAUACAGAUUUCUAAAUUGUCUUAAAAUGAAUAAACCUAGUAGCUGAGUUGCUUCUAGAAGAAUAUUCUCACAUUAGAAUAAGUCUUAAGGUAGUUUUGAGUCAAUUCUGAAAUGGACAGAUAGUUUGAAGAUUGGAUUUGGAGUACUAGAUUCCAGGCACAAACCAGUUGGCUAUCUUAGCAAUGCUUGGGCUUGGCUAGAAGGCAGUCAUGAUGUCUUGUGCUGUAACCUGCUGUCUUAGACAGAGAUCCUGGUCCACAAACAACUUCCUGCUUUUUAAGCUUUCACUUUGUGCUUACUGCUUUACAGAAUAGAAAUAAGUGAUCUCUGAAUUCUCUAACAUGUAACUGGUGCUGCAAUCUACACACCUACUGGAAAAAUGAAACCUUCCACCUCAAAGUUUACAAGGCGGUACACUUCUACAGAAGGAUCUCACCAUGCUCACACCUUGCACUGUCAAAUGCAGACUUAGCACAGUGAAGCCACGAAAAACCAUAGCCUGUUAGCUAUAACUACACAAGAAAUGCCUAAUAAAGACAGCUAAAGCCUUUGCAGUGCAGGAACUGGGCCGUCCCAUAGCCCUUUGGCCUAUUUGUGAGUUAAACUGCAGCUUUGCCUUGUUAUCAUAAUAAGCUGCUCUCAUGGCUGAAUUCGCUACUGUAAAAGAAUGCCUUUGAGCUCAAGGAUUUGUUCCUCUUAGCCUGGAUAUGUGCUGUAGUUUAUGCUGCUAAUUAAACUUUUUGGUCUAACUGGAAGCAGGAUUUGAGGAUAAAUUUCCAUAGUUUAAAAAGGAUGUCUGAAACAACUAGCAAGAAAUCCCUCUAAUUCAACAUUGCAUAAGCAACAGAACAGGAUUUAGGCAAGGAAGACAGACCUGGGAAGAGUUAAGUCUAAAAGCAGUCUGUGAGGUGAUGAAAUAGAAGUGUAUUCCUACAAGUCUAAGACAAAAUGAAUUAAGCUUAAAUGCACUAAGGAAUUAUUCAAGAAACAUUAAAUGCAGCUGAAGAACCACCCUGACCUGUGAAGAAAAAGGACCUGGUAGCCCAAGGGGGAAGCCUUGUCCCACCUUAGUCACUCAGAGAAUGAAAUGGAGGAGUUCACACCAAGGCAUGUAUUCUUGCCCCAACAUCAGGACUCACCAGAAAAAUCCCACUUGAAGUAGUGGCUGCACAGUCUGAGAACCAUGAUCUUUCAAAGCAUGGAGUGGUUUUGCUGGCACAUCUAAGCCUCCAGCAAGGGGUAUUUCUCUCAUCCAUCAACACUUCUGCUGGUUAGAAGAUUGCAGACACUCUCCAGGGUGCUUUCAGAGAUAAGCAGACCUCACUUGCUCCUAUUUUACUGUUUUGGCUUUUCAGGUAAGGAUUCAGAGCCUGGUUUAACUUGCUGGAUUGCUUUGAGUUGCGUAAAACCUGGCUAACACAAUCCAGGUUAGUGUAGGCUUCUGCCUUUCAGAAAACAUGGAGGGAAUGAAUCCUGAUGCAUUAUAAAGCUGAAAAGCACAUAGGGAGUUUACUGAACGCCUUUUUCUUGUUUCCCAAUGGCUGAUUGCUCUGCUCAAGAUGAUCUAAGCAAGUACUUGCUCACAGCUGCUUCGACUUCCUUCGUCCUGAAUGCCUCUGCCGAGUAGUCUGUUGUGCUGGUGUUGCUGGGCUUCCGAGAUGUGCAGCAGGGUGACUUCCAGUCUUGUGGAGGUGAACCUUCCAUUGUCUAUACUGCAGGAUGCACAAAUAAAUAUGGAAACUUCAUAUUUAGGCACAAGGUUCUAGAGUUAGAGGUAGAGCCCCAAGGACUGACUAGUUGUAACCUCAAGAGCUGUGUUGGAAGAUGAAAUGCAUCCUCACCAUGACAUACUAAUUUCUUACAUCGCAUUUGAAGACAAAAAUGUCUGAGGUGUCAGUGAGUUUAGUACCUAACCCCUGAAAUACGUGCAGUUGUGUCAGGAGAUGGCAGGAGUCUCCUUGCCUCCCUUUGCAUUUCUCUCAGUUGGCGUCUUUUUGCCAUCUUUUAUUUUUGAGUACAUGGUCCAUAACUCUGAUGUAACAGAAUGUAGUUAGGGUAACCUGUCUGUCCUCUUUGCUCUUUUCAGGAUUGUUUUUUCUUGGAGGACAAGACACCUUGUAUACAAAUGACUAGCCCCUGACAUACCUGUCUUGAAGGCACUUUUCGAAGUGGUGAGGUAAAAUUCUGAUCUGCACAUUGCAAUUUCAAGAGUGAUUUAGGUGAUGUUUGGAUGUUCAAACUUUGGUCCUGCACUGACUGACAGGGCCUUGAAGCAGCUCAGUGAGGUGGAGCUGAUCCUAAAAUCAUAAACCAGUUCAGCCUCGAUCUGUCAUAGCUUCUGCAAGUGCAUCAUGAUAUUUCUAUCCCAAUAUUUCAGAAAGCUUUGCCUGUAAGUAUAGGCAGUUAUUUAGGGAGAACUUCUUCCUCACUGUGAAGGAGGGAAGAGUAUGAUUAUAGACUUGGCUUUUUCUGAGUUCUUACUGAAGUGGAACAUGACACACAGGCUGCUGCAGAAAAUAUUUUAUUUAAUGUUUCACUAACAAAGCUACAAUUAGGAGAGUAAGGUUUUUGCUGUUUUAUUUCAAUUCGGUGUGAAGCCACAGAUCAGCCUAAGGCUUAACAAUCAAUUUCUGACAACAGUGAGAAACAUACCAGCCAUCUCAAGGGCAAUGCUGGACUCCUUAGGCACUCAUACAUGAUGUCUCUGUGGGCAAUAGAGAGCAAAACGUUUACAUGACAGACGCAAUAAAGAAUCAGCUCCUUGAUUUGGGCAGGGUUUCUUGUAUGAAGAGCAAAUCUACUGAUGUGAAAGAAGGAAUAAAUCCCUAACUAGGGUGCUGCUUGAGCAAUUGAGUCACCUUCAUGGAAUUUCUUGAAGUUUUAAAUGCGAAGUGAGGAACAAGAGAAGAUAUUUGAGCUACCUCGUGGGGGUUUUUUAUCAAUUGAACUGGGAGCAGGAGUGGAAGAAGGCACCAGUGUCAGUAAAUAAGCAUGGAAAGUGAAAUACCUAAUGUUCUAGCAGGGUUUACUAUUCCUCGCACAGCUGAGCUCCUGGCAACUUUGCAGAAGAGUUCAGGGUAGAGGUAUCUGUUGGUCUUCUCUAAAUGUACAUGCAAGCUAGAAGCUUGCAAUGGUCAAAGUGCUUUAGAAUGCCCGAAUGAAUAUGAACUUUGAAAAUGGAUUUCUUGGUCUUAUCUCUCACCUUUUUUCUCAAAUCUGAUUGUACCAGAGCCUUCUAAUAAUGGCACAAAUUUUG